AUGACGGAAUGGAUCAUUUACACGGCUGGUAUGAGUUCCUGUUGGAUAAUUGUGGCAGUUACUAUAGAAAGGGCACUUCUCACGUUGUUUCCAACGACAGCAAAGUCAAAAAUGACAUCUCGAAAUGCUUUGAUUGUUUCAGUAACUUUACUGAUAUCCGUUGCUUUGCAUAAUGGAAACUUACUUUACGCCUACACAUUUACGGAGGUAAAUGUUAACGUGACAGACAGAAAUGAAACGAAAAUGAGACAUGUGAAAUCAUGUUCGCUUCGAGAUGAACACACACAUUUCUACAACAACACAUGGAGCGUCAUGCUUUUUCUAACAGGCUCCUUGUUGCCCAUAGCAUUUAUUGUGACCGGAAAUGCAAUCGUAGGGAUAUGUUUAAUCAAACGCAGGCGAGCUCUUCAGCGAAUCCAGGCUAUGGAAAGAAGUAACGAAACAAAUGCUUACCAGAGGUCUAGAAAUGGUUUCAGUAAAAAGAUGUUCUUCGUACUCAGUGGCGUCUUUAUAGUCACAACUGUGCCAUACGGUGUCUACUUUGUACGUCUCGAAUACCACCAAGAAGUCAGCGGGCAUACUCUUGCCAAGUACCAGCUGGUGUCCGUAUUGAUGAAAUGCUUAGUGUGGAGCAAUUUUAGUUUCAACUUUUUUCUUUACUUUAUGACCGGAACGUUGUUUAAGAAAGAAUUUAAGAAGAUGCUAGAAAGUGCACGGAAACCCGUUUGUUCGAUAACUGGAAGAUCUACUGUUCAUCCGUUGGAAGAGAGACCCGACCUUUGA